UCUCUAUGUAUUUGUUAUUUAAAGUGAACACAAAUGAUAAAAAGGUGACUGUAAACAAUUUAAAGUCCUCCACAGCUCAAAGUCCAUCCCACCAGAGUUUACUUUAUUGCCUCUCCAGUUUCUCUACACACAACUCUUUCGUUUUCCGAGGUACACGUCAAUCAAUUGGGAAUUAUCUCUGACCACUCGAUGACUCCCAUUCCUCCUUUGUGUGCUUGUGAUUUCACAUUUUCGCCCUGUCCAGCUCGUGGGAUGGAUUGAUGGACAAAAAAAUUGACCAUUGGAGAUCAAAUUUCUCUCUCUUGUAGCCUCAUCAAUUGCUCCCCACACUGAUAAAUCUGCUCAACGUGGCCUUCCACCCAUGAAUCAUAUAGGAGACUUUCCACCGAGAGUGAGAUGUGUGUGCCUUGCCCUCCCCAGCCUGCUCCGCACAAUUUUGGUGGGGAGACACGGCGGAUCGUGCAAAUAGGAAAAAUUCACUGGGGGACAUUUGUGUGGUGAAUUUCCUCCGUGCGGAGUCACGCCGUAGCGGGGAUUGUGCUGUGGGGAGCGCGAGAACCUAGCACCUGCACUUGCGCAUCGCAGCGUCACCCUGUCUCCUCGCGCGCUCUCCCGCACACAGCGAAAGCCACUCUCAGUGCAGCAUCACACGACGAGGCAACCGUGAAUUCAUUCUCCGCCGUCCAAUCGCCUCACAGGAGGCAGUGUCGAAUUCAGGGGGCAACGCGAAGCGGGAGAGAGUGUGAAGUGUGUGGUGAGUAUCCGUGAGUGUGCUGUACGGGCACGGCGGAGAGCGGGGAAGGCGCAGUGGCGCAGUGUUGGUGAGAGAGGAGACGAGCUGUAUGUGGGAAGUCACCCUAUGCCGAGAGAGAGAGGUUCAAUUGUGUGUACAAAAGGCAGAGAAGUGUGUGAUGAAAAUGCCGAGAAAAGAUUGCGUUUCGUACCUUUCCCAAACGGUUUUCGGUAUUUUCAAAUAGUAGCGACUCAAACGUCGCGGCGUUAACACGUUAUUUUUCUAUUAUCCUCCCGGAUAUACACUCAAAUUCACUCUACACUCUCACUAUUAGGCCACACUAGAGAAUCCGUGAGAAGGAAAUCACUUGUCCGCCACGGUCUUAAGAUUUUUUUCCCCGAGAGUGCCACAGAACUGCAAAUUGAGUGCGUGAAUUUUGUGGAAAGAAGAGAGUUUUCUUUUGCGUGCAUUUAAGCAUCUUCUGCCUCACCUGGAUGGACUUCUUCAGCAUAAUUGACACUUUUAUUGAGUUCCUGCGAUGAUUUUGCAAAGUGACGAAGAGACAAUCUGGUGGAUCACCACAGAGCAUUGCUAGAACAAAUUACAACAAUUUGCCAACGAAAAGAAAGCACUGAGUGAAUUGCAACAGUGAACAGUAAAUUGAAGCAUCGAACAAACAACGAAGAUUUGUGAUAGAACAAGUGAAGAAAGAGACGAUCUUUUGUGAAUUGCAGACAUUUGGUGAAGAGCUCACAAAGUCCUCUCUCUCUCAUAAAUUUGUGCGCAAUUAUUCCGAGGGUGGUCGCGGCAAAGUCGAUGAGAAGUCACGGGUGAGAUGAUGAUGGGUCACGCAACAUCCAACAAGUCAAAGUGAUUUGUCUUUGAUCCACAAGAGUCGAUUUCUCACCCACAAAGUUGCGAAUCUCUGCCCGAAAACCAAUGUGUCAGUGCUUACGGUGAUUGUGAGAUUGUGCAAUUCAACAAAGGAUUUCAAAUGUUGUCUUGCCUGGUGCCACGUUUCGCCUCCGAAGACAAGAUAAUGCCAUCAUCGAGUCCAUUUGCAUUGCAGUAUCCAUCGCUGGCAUCGGGACUACACAAGGACAAUGACGCAGCAUCUGCCACGCACACGGAGUACUCCAUCAACUGCCCGCAGUGCCACGUAGGGCUGCCUGGCUUCCAGGCGUGGAAGGAGCAUCUGGAGUAUGCCCAUCCGAUGGGCGAGAAGUCAUCCCACGACGUCGGCUCGCCCAACCACCAGCAGGCCAACGGGCACCAGCAGUCUGUGACACCUUCGCCACCUCUGGCCCUGGCCACUUCCUCCGCGACGGUGAGCGGCUCGAUGCUGCAGAAGACGCCACUCCUGACGUCAUCUGCGUCACCGUCGUCAGCGUCCAUUUCAGCGAAGAGUGAAGAAGGUGGUGGGCGUUCAACAAGUCCCAGUUCCUCACUCGAUGGGCCCCACGCAUGCGUCCAGUGCUCCGCCUCGUUUCAGAGUCGUGAUUUGCUCGAAAAACAUGAAUUGCUCCACUCACCGAAUGGAACUGUGAGCUGCAAGACAUGCCACAAAGUCUUUGCCAAUGUGUACAGACUUCAGCGUCACAUGAUAAGUCACGAUGAGUCAGCCCUCCUGAGGAAAUUCAAGUGCACCGACUGCGACAAGGCGUUCAAAUUCAAGCAUCACCUCAAGGAGCACGUGAGAAUUCAUUCCGGCGAGAAGCCCUUCGGAUGCAACAACUGCGGCAAGCGAUUCUCCCACUCGGGCUCCUACUCCAGCCACAUGACGUCCAAGAAGUGCAUCAGCAUGGGUCUGAAGCUGGGCCAGGGCCUGCCGGGGGCGCGCUCGGGACGCAACAGUGACAAGAGCUCUGGUCUCCUGGCGGCCGCCCAGAAGCGCGCGCAGUUGUUCCACCAGCCGCUGGGCGUCAAUCUGGCCGGAGGCCUUCACAACAACAACAACUCCACCAGCUCCAAUCACAAUGCCUUCCUGCCCAUUUUGCCCAAGUACAGCAACAACUACGAUGCCAUGAACGUCGCGAUCUUCGCCUCCUUCCAGAAUCCCUUCUACUCCAUGGCGGCGCUGGAUCCGCGCAACGCCGCCGCCUUCAAUCCCUACAGUCUGCAGCGACUGCUGGAGCUCACGGCGGCCGGGAGUCAGCAUCAGACCUCCAUGGAGGCCCUCCUCAAGGCGUCGGCCAGCCAGAGGUCGAGCGACACCAAAACACCUAGUCUACAUUCCGAUCCCGAGGACAUGAUCGAGGAGGUGACCGAGGACAAUGCCGAUGACGGUCCGAAGCUCGUGAUGGACAUUGAUGAGAAGGGCAGCGACAAGUGUGCGGACAAAGAGAGUCCAUCAGAGCACAAUGGCAUUGCGGGAACGUACAAUUCCCUUCUGGAAUCGGUGAAUGCCUCAGUGACUCAACAUCUGCUGAAGGCGAACAUGUGCAAGAUGGAGACACCGCCGCCAUCUGAACAGGAUGCCCAGUCGCCAGCGAAUGGGUUUCCCGAGAUGUCUGCUGGCGAGGAGCGUCAGAAUUUGCAGUGUCAGCACUGCGAUAAGAUGUUUAAUCAUCGCACAGAGUUGGCUCAACACGAGAAAGUCCUCUGUGGCUCACUCAUGUUCCGAAAACAUGAGAGCCUCGCUGCUCAGGUGGCUGAGACGAUGGCGUUGAACAGCUAUCUGGCCGCAGCAGCGUCUGGCAGUGAGGAUGACGCCGAGGAACGGGAUGCCAAGGCUACAUCCGAGGGGGAGCGCAAGGUGAGAGUGCGCACAGCGAUCUCGGAGGAGCAGCAGGCAGUUCUGAAGGAGCACUAUGCAGUCAAUCCACGUCCCAGUCGCGAAGAAUUUCGCUCCAUUGCAUCUCGUCUCAUGCUGGAUGCUCGUGUGGUGCAGGUGUGGUUCCAGAACAAUCGCUCGCGUGAGAGGAAGCUGAACAACAUUGGCAUGAUGAAGCAGCCAUUCACACCGAUCACACGAGCAGGAUCGCCACCGAUAUUCAAUGCCAGUGGCUCUAUUGACUGGGAUCAACCUCUUGAUUUGUCCCUGAAGAAGGACUCACGGGAUUCUCAGUCCAAUGACACUGCGACCCCAUCCAACUCUCCCAGAUACGGAACUGCGCCUCUGCAAUCGACCGCCGGUGGCCAGGAAGAGGUGAUGAAUCUCAGUCACAAAUCAUCGCGCAGUCCAACGCCGUACCGGCCGCUGCAUUUGUACGGAGCGACGCUGAGCAACAGGAUAGACGCUCUGGUGCGCCAGACUCCGUCGCCGAACGAGGCCGUGCCUCGACACACGCCCUAUGUGCUGCCCAGCGCUGCUCUGGGUCUCGUGCCAAUGGAGCGUCUGCUGCAGAUGACGCCGGAGAUGGCGAGGAAUCCGCUGCUGGGGCUGAAAGGCGAGCGCUGCAACAGCCUGAGUCCGGGCAGCGAGCGGCGAUCGUGGAAGGAUGAGGAGUCUCGGGUGUCCCUGGACGGGAUGAUUGACGUGACCAAUGGUCCCAUGAAUGUGGGUCAUGCCAGCAAAAGGGUGAAGAUGGAACCAGAGCAGGAGGGGCAGUUUGUGUGUGACCAGUGCGACAAGGCCUUUAGCAAGCAAAGCUCCCUGGCCCGUCACAAGUACGAGCAUUCAGGUCAGAGACCUUACAAGUGUGCCGAAUGCCCGAAAGCCUUCAAGCACAAGCACCACUUGACGGAGCACAAGAGACUCCACAGUGGCGAGAAGCCGUUCCAGUGCUCCAAGUGUCUGAAGCGAUUCUCCCACUCGGGCUCGUACAGUCAGCACAUGAACCAUCGCUACUCCUACUGCAAGCCGUACCGAGAGUAGGACAGCCAGGAUUGUGCACCGGAAGCUCGACAGAGGCCACGUUGUCCCACUUCUGCGUGUAAGUUGAACAUUUCCACGAAUCCCUUCUUCUGGACACGAGCAAAUCCCCCUGAAGGACAUGUUCAGGCCAAUUAAAGACGUUUCCCAUGUGAUGCUUUUAAGAAAAUCGAAUACAACUCCUUUCUUACUACUUUUUAUUUUGUAACACGAUGGCAAGUACAUAAGCGAGAGAUAUGAUUGUGAAAAUCAUACCACAAUGUACUUAAUAGUGAGAAGAAAUAAAAGAGAGAAGUAAAUAACCAGAAAUUUGUCGAAACAACGAACACGUCAUUCCUUUUGAAAGAGAAAAAAAAUUGUAUUUCUAAGUUUUUUUUUAUUCGCUAUUGAAAGCAGUGUAAUUUUUUAGGAUAACGCAUGAAUUCUAAUAUUUGAUAAGUGAAAAUAUAUCGAUUUGCCCUGCAGGGUUCAUUUUAAGCAAAAGUCUAUCCUUUUGUUCAGUAAUUCCACUUUAACUGUAUAUAAAUUCGCGAUAUGAUUAAGGGAUGUUUAUUUAAGAAGGCUAUUUUAAGUGUAAAUUUCUUUGAAAUACCUUAAGAAAAAAAGGAUGAGUUGAUCUAUUCUUUACUUGAAUUUAAUUAAUGUGAAAUGUAUUAGGAUUUUCUUGAUGCCAACAGCAAAAAAAUACUGUUUUUUUCUUAUGGUUGCCAUUAAAAUUUGGUACCUGCAGCAAUACUCAAUUGUCUAUACUUCAGACUCUCCUCUUUUCGCCUAGAGAUUUAUUAUGUUUAUAGUAUCUCUUGUAGUGUAUAAUUUUUGAUUUGCCGAAAUUCUUCGAGCUUGUGCUGCUUCUGUGUUUAUUCUUUUCCAAUCUGCGGGCUGGGUGAGAGCAAUUCUUUUUGUCGUUCUAUUACUUAACGAUUUUAUUUAUGAUUUAAUUUGUGGGGAAAUUGAGAGGAAUUUGAAGAUGGACUCGAAUAGGGGCAAUUGAGGUGGAAGUAGACUCUUGGAAACAAACAUACGGCAUAGUGUAUGUGAGAAAAUACGCAUUUUGGACCACACGGUGUUAACAUGACAAUACAAUGUAAUAUUUUACUCCUUAAUGAAUAAACUAAUUGAAUAUAUACGAUUUAGCGAAAGGACGAAGAUGGAGUUUAAGGAAAAAGAAGAAAAUACUCAAAAUAUCUGUAAUAAGUGAGAAAUCAAAUAAUUUCACCUUCAAAUCUGUUUCACUCCUUCGCUCAAGUGUUUGUGUGAGCAAAAAUGCACCAAAGGAAAAGCCAUAAAAUUUCCCUUCUUUUUCUUUCUCUUCUCAUCAAGCCAAAGACAAAAGAAAACAGUCACGAAAUAGCGUGAAGAUGUAUGAAAAGAAAAAAAAAUUUGAUAAUACUGUAAGGAAUUCUAAAUAAAGGCUCUUUGUAAAUAGCGUAAUAAUAGAGAGAUAUUUCUAAAUUUUAGUAGUUUCUCAAGUAGAUGAAAUUGCUCAAAGGCAGUAAAAAAAAAGUUAAAUAUUUCCUCCUUAUCAGCUCACUUUAAUUCCUAAACCCCACGAAAGAGAGUAUCUUUUGCACUUUUGCUUCCUCCAUUAAUUGCCGAAACAAUUUUAGAGGAAGAGUAAUGAAUUCUUUUAUUUCUUUCUCUCUCUUAAACGUAUGUAGAUGCAAAAAAAAUGUUGAAGACAGCAGUUCCCCUUAAAAAAAAAUACUAGACUAUGCAAGGAGUUCUAGAAAUCUAGUAGAAAGAAUUACAUGAAACAAAUUGGAUUAUGACAACGAUCUCUGUUGGCACUACUUUUAGAGAUGGAGAAACAGAGAAGGAAAAACCACCAUUGAUAGCUAACGAAUAAAA